GCAUGGACAGGGAAGAGUAUCAGAAGUGAGGGAGACCCCUGACCAGGGCCUAGGCACAAACUGAGCACUAGAGAGCCAGGAGAACCACAGGCUGGGGCGUGGGCCAUAGCCAACGGCAAAAGGAGGAGGGGGCAGUCACUGGGGGCAGCCAGCUGGAGAACACCUAGAGAGUUGGAGCCAGGAAACCUUGGAGCAGCAACAUUUUUCACGGUCACAUCUUACAGGCCUGAGCUGGGCUGAUGCUAUUGUAAGAUCUUUGAAUCUUUGGUGGCAGCAGAAAUUGCACCCUACCUGCAGCUCCAGCCCUGAGAGGACGAGGAGGCUCACCUGUGUCCCUGGACGGAGGGACCAUGACCACAUCCUGGGGGUUCUGCUUCCACCUGAUCACCAUUUUGGUGGCCCUGGUGGCCAGCACAGAUCCAGACAAGAAUAAAGUCAAAGUGUUGAGGGAAUUAAAAGUGAUCAAUGCCUCAAAUGCCAACGUGAAGCAGUGUCUGUGGUUUGCCAUGCAAGAAUACAACAAAGAGAGUGAGGAUAAGUACAUCUUCCAGGUGAUCAAGACAGUACAAACCCAGUUGCAGGUCACAGAUCGUUUGGAAUACUUUAUUGAUGUUGAAAUUGCCCGCAGCAAUUGCAGAAAGCUUUCAAAUGGUACUGAAAACUGUGUCAUUCAAGAGAACACCAAACUGGAAAAGAAAGUAAUGUGUAGUUUUUUGGUCGGAGCACUCCCCUGGAAUGGUGAAUUCACGGUGAUGAAGAAGCAGUGUGUGGAUGCUUAGGGGGUUCUGGAACUCGCCCCUACCACCAUCUCUACCUUUCUCUGUAAAGAGAAAAAUGGCAUGUACUGGUAUUACCAUUGUGGUUUCCUCAUGCAUGCCUCUCUGCUUGUUUUGUUUCCUAGUUUCCUAGUUUCUUAUUAGGUGAUGACAAAAGAUGGGUAUGUCCAAUUCUUUUUUUUUUUUUUUGCCUCAAGGGAGGCCCCUUGACUUUGGCCAGCUUGGUGGCUCACCACCAGGAAUAAGUUUGUCCCUGACUACAAAGUUUGGAGUGAAGUAUGAUUCCACUCUCACUGCAAGUCUGAGGAGGGAUCCCUUUUUGAUUAGGUAACAACUCCUUCCAGAGGUCUUAAGCCAGUGGGUGUUAACUCAGCAGGUUCCUUCUGGAUACCUCCUUUAACCUGAGGCUCCUUCCUCCUGAGGGUCCUGAGCCCACAGGUCACCUGGGUUGGGAGAACCUCUUUGGAGGAACAGUCUUUCCCUUCAGGGUCUCUGUGAAGUAGGGAAUGUGUGUUUCUUCUCAUGUAAAUGUCAACAGUGGUCAUACAGAGAGAGGGGGAGGGCAAUAAUGCCUUCAUAAUAGGCUGCAUUGUUGUUGUUGUUGCUGUUGUUGUGUGUGUGUAGAGAUAGAGAGAGACUGAGAAAGAGGGAGGGAGGGAAAGAGAGAGAGAGAGAUGAUUGGGAAUGUGGAGAAGGAAAUAGGAAAACAGGGAUGAUAGCAGGAGAUGAAAUUCUCUUGAAGAAAAUCAUCAUUAAAAAUAAGUCUGUCUAGGGGUUCAUGGGUAGGCUCAGUUGGCUAAGCAUCUAACUCUUGAUUUCAGCUCAGGGUAUGAUCUCACAAUUGUGAGAUUGAACUCUGCAUCAGGCUCUGUGCUGCGCAUGGAGCCUGCUUGGGAUUCUCUCUCUCCCUCUGCUCCUCACCUGCUUGUGCUCCCUUUCUCAGAAUAAAUAAAUAAACUUAAACAAGUCUGUCCAAUGGGGAAUUAUUUAAUGGGUACUGAGCUUUGCAAGAUGAAAGGGUUGUGGAGAUUAAUUACAGAAUAGGGUGAAUAUACUUAAUACUACUGAACUGCACAUUUAAAAAGGGUUAAGAUGGUUGGGGCACCUGGGUGGCUCAGUUGGUUAAGCAUCUGACUCUUGAUUUCUGCUCAGUAUAUGAUCUCAGAGUUCAUGAGAUUGAAAGCCCCACAUGCAGCCCCACAUAGGGUUCUGCGCUGAUAGCACUGAGCCUGUUUGAGAUUCUCUCUCUUCCUCUCUGCCCCUCCUCUGCUUGUGCUCUCUCUCUCACACU